AUGAAUUUCUUCGCACGCGCUCGGACAGGUUUCAUGUCCUGGAUGCAUGAAACACCGCUUCCUUCUACAGAAGCAUAUCCCAAGUUCCAGUCGUGGCACCAUUUUGACCCUGUUCAACAGUGGGUCUCUUGGGACCCUACCCGCUUGAACAAUACAACCCCCAGGUCAACCAACACAGAGAAUAUACCGAAACUAGUGCUCCUGACAUGGAACAUUGAUGCAACAUCUUCCCAAACCCAAGCACGCGUUACAGAGAUUAUCACAUUCAUCACCGACCUAGAUCCUAAGGUCGAGGUUAUUUUCCUCCAAGAGGUCUCAAAGACAGCUUUGCAGCAACUCUUAGGGGACGCUCGUAUCCGUGGGUCUUGGCUCUCAAGCGAAUGCGAUGAUACGGCAUGGGGCAAGCAGUCCUUUGCGACGGUCACGCUGGUAUCCAAAGCACGCUUUGCGUCAAAUGCUGAAUCUGGGGAAAAUGCCAUUCUAGGUCCUAUUUGGCGCGUGAAAUAUCCUAGUCAUUUCGAUCGAGAUGCGUUAUGCUGUGAUAUCUUCGUUCCUUCUCCAACAAAGCCUGAGUCUGAGUCUAAGCUUUCUUCUGCCACACGCAUACGGCUUAUCAAUGUUCAUCUGGAUUCUCUACCGAUUCAGCCGUCCCACAGGCCCCGGCAAAUAUCCAUUAUCUCCUCGUUCCUCCGCGCCGCAGGCUACGGUAUAGUUGCCGGUGACUUCAAUCCAGUUCUCGAUGAGGACGCUACCCUUAUUGAAAACAGUGGCUUGACGGAUGUCUGGACAUCUCUUCGUUCCGAAGAACUCGGUUAUACAUGGGGAGUGGAUGGAGAACAACCGUUCCCGCCAAAUCGGCUCGACAAAGUUGCUGUUUUAGGUCUUACCCCUUACAGUAUCCAAACUUUGCAGCCAGGACGUCUCAGCAACUUAGACUCCAAAUCUCAACAGGCUGGGCCAUCUGAAGACGUACCCUGGAGCGAUCAUCAUGCUUUGCUUUGCUCUCUCAGCUUGCCGGCAAAGUGA